CGGGAAAGUUGGUGGAGGAAGCGCUUUUAUCGGUCAUGCGGUCUUUGAGCCAUUGUUAACUUCGCGAGUAUACAUACUUUUGCGCAAAUUUCACUGGCCACUGGAGGAGUGUGAAACCUUCAGUGAUUUGCCGCGGAUAUUGCGUGACUAUGCGUUAUAAUUUGCACCAAUUGCCAGUUAGAGAGAAUGAACGUUGAAGUCAGCAACUGCUGCGCUGCGUGUGCUUUAGGUUAGACAGGUGUGUGAAACCUUUUCUUAAGGACAUUGCUUCACGUGAGGAUGGAUUCGUUUUUCAGUCAACCUGAACAGGCUUCCGAUCAGUCUCUGUUCUCGCAAAAAACGGACACGAUCUCCGAAACGUACUCUACAUGCUCGCCAGCGGAUACACCAUCCGUCGGAGAUGGUGCGCAAAAGCUCCCACAUUCCAGUCAAGCUUCUCAGUGCCUGAGUGACGGAACUCCAGGUGAACGCCUCCAGGUAAUCCCUGAAACAGAAGAGUUGUCUCCUCAAGACGACGGAUUAACGGGAUCAUGCCCUCCGGGAAGCCCCCAAAAUAAAGCUCCGGGCAGCACAACCGAUGUUCGAAAAGACUUCGCUACCGACAGUAAACCGGCUGACAGCUCUUGCGCCCAGAACGUGCCAACGGAUGACUGGCAGAGUCCUGAUAUAAAUGAUGGUAAUUCAGGUCUGAAGACCCGAGACUCGGGUAUCGGUUCCGAACAGCGAAGCAGUACCCUGCUCGACGGUGGUAUAUCCAAUCACAGCGUCCAACUGCCUGCCGGAGUGCAAGGCGAGAGCACGCAUCGGAGGAUUCGAUUACUGGACGAUUCGGAUGACGAUUCGACGAGUGACUUGAAACUCCCCGAGUCGAAGUCUGCUACCGACGCCGAACAGCGAGACAGUACCGUCCCAGAUGGCGACGCGUCGAAUCUCAAAAACGGCCUUGAAGUACCACCUAGUGCACUGGGGGGCUAUAACGCGAACAAGCCGAGGAGAAUUCGAUUACUCGACGACUCGGACGACGAUUCGACAAGUGACCUAAAACUCUCAGAGUCGAAGUCUGAUGCCGACGCCGAACGACGGGAUAGUGCCGUCCCUGAUGACGCGCCCAGCCUCAAUGGCAGCCUCGAAGUACCUGCACCCAGUGCACUGGGGGGUGACAGCGCGAAUAAACCGAGGAGGCUUCGAUUGCUCGACGACUCGGACGACGAUUCCACGAGCGAGCCAAUAUCACGGGGCGUCGAACUUGCGUCGAAUUCGGACGCGGUGCGCGGGGGUGACAGUGGAACAGAACAUUCCCGUUCACCCGUGCGCCGCCGCAUCUGUGACAGUUCCGACGAUGAAAUGGUGGACGACGUCGCUGGAGACUCAACUCGUGCUCUUGGCGAUGAAAAUUCGUGCGGUCCUUGGGUACCUGAUGAAGACGGCGAGUCCGCCGGCAACGUCACAAAGAAGGAGCGAACAGGUCGAAAGUCGGCCAAGAAAGCAAUGGAGGAACUUAAGCAAAUAUACAGCACGAGCCAAAGAAUGGCACGCGAAAGACGAAUGUCACUGCCUUAUCACGAGCCAGAGAGGCUGAGCUUGAAGGAUUUUCUGCAGCAGAGACGGAGUGCUGGAUCAGAAUCAAACUCGGCCUGCAAGAAGGAAGAAGAAACCGCCAUGGCCACACUUCCAAGUUCAAGCAGCACAGACCCCCUGCUUGAUGACUUGCCUGCUGUUCUCACUACACCCAAUGGCGUGGGUGAUCAGGAAUGUGCUGAGGAACCUGCGAUGACAGAGGCAACGCCUUCCGAAAAACAGCCAGCUGAGACCAGCCUUUCAUCGAAUGGCGUUGAAAGAAUAGAGAUGCAACAUUUAUCUGCUAGACGUCGGCGGAAUUUGGAAGCCAUUGCAGCUGGCAUAGUUCCUCGUCUCAGUAAGGAGCCUGUGAUCCUUCUGGAAGACGAUAAUGGUGACCACUGCGAAGGUGUGGACCAUUUGCUGAAGCGGUUGGUGAAGCAUACCAAGGUGGAUGACCCUAAGAAAAAGAAAGAGUCCAUCAAAACAAGUGCCAUUGUAGUGCCUGGAGUUAUAGAAGAGUGCUCGAUUUCGGAAAAACUGGUAAGCCAACGCUCACUCUUAAAGGAAAAACUGUUGAGUAAAGUUCGACAACAACGCAACCGUUCACGAGAGCAACGUUAUCUGCAACACUGCCUGGACAAUGAAGAACUCCCACCGGAUGCCGUUCGGCCGGAUGACGCACCGAAGUCUCCGUUGGCGCUCGCUGAUGAAUUUGAAGAAGAAGAAAAUGACUUUUCUGAUGCUAAUGACACGUCAUCUGGUGGUGAAGAAGAAGAUGAUAAAAACUCGGACGACGAGGAUGUGGUUCUCAAACACAAAAAGCGAACAAAGAGAAUAAACCCGCUUUCCGACGAUGAAGAUCAAGAAGACGCAGAAGAUACCAAAAAGACUUCUGCCGGAAAUGCUGAAGAUGAAGAUGAUGACUCCAUUGGCGAGCUCCACCUCGAGAUGCCCGCUUUUCUUGACGCAGAGGAUAACGUUGACCAGCCAGCAACGGGCGAUGAGGAUUGUAUGGAAAGCUUCUUGGAUUCCUCACAAGUGGCAAACAGUGACAAGAAUUCGCAAACACCCCUGAUUCGGAAAAGCAGUGCUGUGCACUGUUUUCAGCCUGAUGAAACGGAGCUGUUCAGCCCUCUUACGGGUCUUCCACGGACACAGUCAAAAACUAAUACUCCACAGCAGGGAAAUGCUUCUGCAUCAAGCAGCUUUCAAGAGAGCCCAGUGUACUCGACUAUUUCAAGACCUCGGUCCUUGGCUUUUUCUCCCUUGACUGGAACUGCCGGGGCCUUAACAGCAUGCAGGUCUCUACGAAGGCAGCUUUCAGAGGAUUACACUAAGCCCUGGGACGGCAGCACACCUGCCCCUGUUAAUCCAUCUCAAGACAUGGAUGAGUUGGUUGGCUUAUGUUCUGGCAGCUUUGGAGCACGUGCUCAAGCUGAUCAGAUCGAUGAAGACGAAGAAGACAAUGACAUGCUUGAAGCCAGCCCUGAUGAACCAAAUGAGGAGGACGUUGAAACUGACAGUGAAGUCGAAGGCACUCCUGCGGCAAGAGAGCAACCAGCGCUCAAGUUGCAGGACUUCUUUGAGGACGAGGCCGAGCUUUCCGGAAGUGACGUUGGAAGCGACGGUGAAGAUGAGGAUGACGAUGAAGGAGUGCUGGCAGACCUUAUAGCCACAGAGAAUGAGAAAGAAGACACCGACAAGAUCCGGGAAGAAAUUGGCCGCUUUCAUUUCAAGCAGCUUCUCGAUGAGGACAAGCGUGAGUUGAAGAUCUACCAGGAGCUGCUCUUGGAAGAUGGUGACCUCCACUCCGACGGUGCGGGGCGUCAGCGACAGUUUCGUUGGCGAAACUCAGGCACUGAUGACCUGGACCAGCGACCUGGUUCAGACGGUGAAGAAGAGGCGCACAUCGAGACGGAACAGGAGGCAGAUGCAACAUGGCGCCUGCAGCGGUUGGAGCGAAGACGCUGGCUGCAGGAGCAGGAGUCCACGGAGAGCCCGGACACUCCCGACAGUGCAUCCUUCUCCGAGCAGGAAUCGUUGCUAAGAGCCCCUACAGCAAUAGCAAAGCAGGACUUGAAGUUUAGCAAUAAACCAGCAGCCAAGAAAGGGGCAAUGUGUGGUUCUUUCCUGAAGCUAGACUCUGGAGUCCUCGGCCGCAUUGCCGAACGCAUCAAGGGUGCUGCUCCAACCGAGGUAGAAGGUUCAGUGACCACAAAGAAUUUCGUAUUCAGGGCUGCCGAAGAGAAGCCUCAGAAGAAACGACCAUCUACCAGUCAGCCCAGCCAGGAAUCGAAGAAACCCAAGCUAGUGGAGCUUUCGGAGCAGAGAGAGUUAAAAAUCAGUGUCUUCAACUUCAUGUGAAAAUUUAAACAUAUCAUAUACAGCGGGGAUUUUGUAUAUUGGGACUUAUUUUAAAUAAACAUAUUUAUUUUAUU